UCCGGAAUUUGCCGCCAGUAGAUAUGGCCGACAUGUCCUCUACCGAGAACAACCUUCUCUUCGCAGUGCCAAAGAAGGGACGCCUGCAUGACCAGGUCGUCAAGUUCCUCAACGGUGCUGGCCUCGAUUACACUCGGCCUCACCGUUUGGAUAUUGCGCACUGCUCGUCGCUUCCAGUGACUGUUGUGUUCUUGCCCGCAUCGGACAUUGCUGCAUACGUCGGCGAGGGUAAUGUGGAUCUCGGCAUCACCGGACAAGACAUCAUUGCGGAGAGUCAAACCACUGUCAAUGAACUCAUGAACCUGGGAUUUGGCAAGUGCUCACUGUCCGUGCAAGCGCCCAUCACGAGCGCCAUCAAGGAUCCUGCGCUACUUGCGGGAAAGCGCAUUGUCACAUCAUUCCCCAAUGUAGCACGUGAAUACUUCAAGCAAUUUGAAGUUCCCGGCAAGCCCACUCAUAUCAAGUACGUGGGGGGGUCCGUUGAGGCUGCCUGUGGACUGGGUUUGGCCGACGGGAUUGUCGAUCUCGUCGAAACAGGAACGACGAUGAAGGCUGCGGGGCUUGAGAUCGUGAGCAACAUCAUGAAGACGGAAGCCGUGCUGAUUUCGAACCCCAACACGAAGCACCGAAAGCUCGUGAACAAGAUUCAUCAGCGACUCCUCGGAUUUCUCUUUGCCCAGAAGUACCGCAUGAUUUCGUACAACAUUGCGCGGGAAAAGCUCCAAAAAGCAAUUACGAUUACUCCUGGUCGCAAAGCGCCGACGAUCAAUCCGCUCCUGAACGAGGACUUUUGUGCAGUGUCGGCAAUGGUCCCUCGCAACGACGUCGCCGAUAUCAUGGACGACCUCCACGAGCUCGGUGCGACCGAUAUCUUCGUCCUCGACAUCGAGAACUGUCGGGCAUAGAGAUUUGAGUGAUAAAGAUGUAAUGAACGUGCCAUUACACUAUGGAGAUCCCGUAAGGCUGGGUCCGAUGCAUGGCAUUACGCAUGAAUACGCGAGUUUGGAGCACCAUCGACGAAACUUGCGCAUAGAGGAAAGCAUGUGCAGGGGGAAGCAAUUUCAUUUGUGCCACAGUCGCAGCCACCCUGCUGCCAGUUUGUUGGUUUGCUCGACUGUUUGCGUCAUUUCUUCGAUAUUGUCGCUCAGCUGACGCAGGGACUCGUUAAAGACUUUGAUGGACCUAGUACUCGCUUCGUAUUCCUUGAUCUCUGCGACCAUCUUCCUCUUUGUAGCAGUGGUGGGCGACGUCGGCGGCGGCACUUCAGUGUCGUUCAUGUCGCUUCCUG